AUGCAGCUUGUUCCGAAGGAGCUCGACAAGCUCACGAUCGCACAUCUUGGGUUCCUGGCGCAGCGUCGUCUGGCGAGGGGUGUUAGGCUGAAUCAUGUGGAGGCGGUGGCUUUGAUUUCCAGUGUACUGCACGAGCUGAUUCGUGAUGGACACUACUCCGUCGCCGAUUUGAUGUCCAUCGGCAAGACGAUGCUGGGCCGCCGCCAUGUCUUACCCUCUGUCGUAGCUACACUGGAGGAGCUUCAGGUGGAGGGUACGUUCCCGUCUGGGACGUACCUGGUCACGGUGCACCAUCCGAUUAGUAGUGAUGAGGGCGAUUUGGAGCGUGCGCUGUAUGGGAGUUUCCUGCCCAUUCCUCGGCGUGAGGCCUUCCCCGACCCGGAUCCGGAGGAUUAUAGGCCUGAGAAAAUGCCCGGCGCGGUGAUUCUGGCCAAAAACGCUCGGAUUGUGCUGAAUGAUGGGCGGAAACGGAUUCGUUUGAAGGUUAUGAGCAAGGGGGACCGGCCGAUUCAGGUCGGAUCGCAUUACCACUUCAUCGAGACGAAUCCGCAAUUGCAUUUCGACCGCUUGCAAUCCUACGGUUUCCGUCUGGACAUCCCCGCCGGCACAUCUGUCCGUUUCGAGCCUGGAGAUACCAAGACCGUUACCCUGGUCGAGAUUGCUGGUCACAAGGUUAUCCGCGGAGGCAAUUGGCUGGCCAAUGGGCCCGUGGAUCUGAGUCGAGCUGAUGAGAUUGUCACCAAGCUGCAGGUGGCCGGGUUUGCGCAUGUCCCGGAACCAACGGCGGACAGCGCGCUGAUCGCCAGGUUCUCGAUGGAGCGCGAGGCGUAUUCGCGCAUGUUUGGCCCUACGACGGGCGAUCUGGUGCGUCUGGGGUUGACCAAUUUGUGGGUUCAGGUGGAGAAGGAUAUGAACAGCUAUGGCGACGAGUGUACCCUUGGUGGAGGCAAGACUCUCCGUGAAGGAAUGGGGCAAGCAUCGGGACGCUCGGCGGCUGAGUGCGUGGAUACGGUGAUUACCAACGCUCUGAUUAUCGACUACACUGGUAUCUACAAGGCCGAUAUUGGUAUCAAGGAUGGCAUGAUUGCUGGCAUUGGUAAGGCAGGUAACCCUGAUGUCAUGGAUGGAGUGCACCCGGACCUGGUGGUGGCCGCGUCCACAGAUGUGAUUGCCGGAGAGAACAAGAUCAUCACGGCCGGUGGCUUCGACUCGCAUAUUCAUCUGAUUUGUCCGCAGCAAGUGGAUGAAGUGCUGGCAUCUGGUAUCACCACCUUCCUUGCUGGCGGCACGGGCCCCUCCACCGGUUCGAAGGCGACGACUUGUACCCCGGGACCCAACCACCUCAAGAACAUGAUGCAAGCCUGCGACAGCCUCCCCAUCAACAUCGGCAUUACAGGAAAAGGUAACGACUGCGGUACCAUUAGCAUUGAAGAGCAAAUCAAGGCCGGUGCCGCCGGCCUCAAGCUACACGAAGACUGGGGGUCCACCCCGGCCGCCAUCGAUAACUGUCUGGCCGUCUGUGACGAAUACGACGUGCAAUGUAUGAUCCACACGGACACACUGAACGAAUCCGGCUUCGUCGAGCAAACAAUCGAAGCCUUAAAGGGCCGUACCGUUCACGCCUAUCACACGGAAGGCGCUGGCGGCGGCCACGCACCAGACAUAAUCUCGGUCGUCGAGCACCCUAACGUGCUCCCUAGCAGCACAAACCCAACCCGACCCUUCACCCUGAACACGCUAGACGAACACCUGGACAUGCUGAUGGUCUGCCACCAUUUAUCUAAGAACGUCCCCGAAGAUGUGGCCUUCGCCGAGAGCCGCAUCCGCGCCGAGACCAUCGCAGCCGAAGACGUGCUGCACGACCUCGGCGCAAUCAGCAUGAUAUCGUCAGACUCGCAGGCCAUGGGCCGCUGCGGCGAGGUCAUCCUGCGGACCUGGCAUACCGCACACAAGAACAAGGCGCAGCGCGGGAAGUUGGGGGAGGACCGGGGCACAGAUAAUGACAAUUUCCGAGUGAAGCGGUAUAUCAGCAAGUACACGAUUAAUCCGGCGCUGGCGCAGGGUAUGGCCCAUCUGAUUGGGAGUGUGGAAGUGGGUAAGGUUGCGGAUUUGGUGCUGUGGAAUCCUAGCACGUUUGGCACGAAGCCUGUCCAGGUAUUGAAGAGUGGGAUGAUUGCUGUUGCGGAGAUGGGUGAUCCUAAUGCCUCGAUCCCGACGGUCGAGCCUAGGAUUGUUCGCCCCAUGUUUGCCACCCGCGUGCCGAGUACUUCGAUCAUGUUCGUCUCGCAAGCUUCCAUCAACAAUGGCACCGUGCAGAGCUAUGGCCUGCGCAAGCGCAUCGAGGCCGUCAAGGGUUGCCGUACCAUCGGCAAGAAGGAUAUGAAGUUCAAUGAUGCCAUGCCGAAGAUGAAGGUUGACCCGGAGAGUUAUACUGUCGAGGCUGAUGGCAUGUUGUGUGACGCGGAGCCUGCAGCCGAGUUACCGCUGACUCAGGCAUACUAUGUCUUCUAA